GCUGCUACUACUACUACUACUACUACUACUACUACUCGCGUGUUCAACAUCCUCGUGCUGGGAGAGCCUGCCCGUCCUGUGGACUCGCACGACGGGCAUUUGCUCCCGCACUUCGACCUCCUCAUCGUCGUCGUUGUCGUCGUCGUCAUCGCCAUCGCCAUCGCUGUUCUCGCCCGUCAGGAGAACACCUUGGCGGUCUGACGAACGCGCGCACGCACGCACGUACGCAGGCACGCACGCUCGACAGCAGAUUCCGUCGCCGUCGUGCAUCGGGCCCAAAUGGAGCCAGACAUAUAGCCCAUGAUGACGUGAGGCUGCAUCAGCGGGGAACGUUGGAGCGCCGGGCUGAGAAGCGAGUGCUUGCUGAGAGCGCUCUCACGUUCUUCGCCGUGAUCUGCACUGUCAUCGCUGUGGCACACCGGCCGGUUUAUGGCAGGCUGAAUUGUAGCAGUGAUCUUUACGCCUUGGUAUAUAUGUCACAGCCGGAUUAAAGCUAGGUCCCAGAGGGCCUAGCAUGGGCCACUAUGAAUCCACCUGCGGUCAGCAAACUGAGCACUCGCGGCUCCGGUUAUCACCAGAAGGCGUUAGCUGAGAUCCGCAACUCCUUGCUGCCGUUCGCAAAUAUCGGCGGGGCUGGUGAGGUGGGCUCUAGCGCCGCCAGCACUAUCUCCACACUAUCCACGACUAGUGGCAUCAGCUCCGCCUCUGGUCUGAGCGGCCUCUCCGGCGCCUCAGGCUCGACUGUCGAUAAACCGGACCAACGGCAGGCGUUGGGUCAACUGCUCGCCAUGGGGUACUCAGAAGAGAUAGGAGUACGCGCCCUCAAGCUCUGCGGCUGGCGGCUGGACGCGGCGAUCGAGUUCUUGAAACAGGCUCAAGGCGGGGAAUCUCUGAACGGGCUCGGCAAACUGAACACCAAGCUCAUCCGGAAGCCGAGUCUCGAGCGAGAACUGAGCCUGCAGCGCGGCAGUCCCGCAUUGGACAGCGGUGCGGGUAGCUCGCGGUCGGACAGUCCGCGUCUCACCGAGCUCAGUCCGCACCCUCAGCUGAGCCGUCAAUAUUCGCCGAGCAACUUCGUGGAACCGCCGCCGCCACCGCCGCCGCGAUGCAGCUCGACACCGCCGCCACCUCCGCCGCCCCAUGCCCCGUACAGUCAGCCCAAUGUACCUACGAACAUGCAGCAGAUGCUGAAACGGAUGUCACCGGCACCGGUGGUGCCGACGAGGUCACCGGCCAGCGGUGCGCCCGGCAGCGUCGGUGCCGCGACCACAUCGGUGAAUCCGCCGCAGCGGGGCACGAGCCCGGUGGCGAGCAGCAACAACAACUCCAGCAGCCGUCAGCCGAUGAUCGUGCAGAACGGCCCGCAGGUGCAGCAGCAGCUGACGCAGCAAAUACAGGCGCUCAGCAUUUACCAGACGGGCAAUGGGAGUGCGAGCGCUCAGGUCGAGCCGCCGCCGCCGUACCCCGUGCCGUCUUCAUCCUCGGCUGGCCCGGUGCAGCCGCCCUCUUACAGCGCCUCCAUACAGAAUCGGCAGAGCCCGACGCAGUCACAGCAGGAUUACCGCAAGAGUCCGUCGUCGGGCAUCUACUCCGGUCCAACAUCCGCCGGCUCACCGAGUCCUAUCACCGUGUCCACCAUCUCGCCGAAUGCCACGCAAACGUCGAUGGCGAGGCCAACGCCGCUGCAGGCGUGGGGUGCGCGCCAGGCGAAGACGCAGCCGCCGAUCAUCAUGCAGUCGGUGAAGAGUACGCAGGUGCAGAAGCCGGUGUUGCAGACCGCCAUCGCGCCCACGUCGCCGCAGCCGAUAUCGACGACCAGCAACACGCCACCGCCGCCGCCUUCUUACGCCACGUCGAUCCAGCAGAAGCAACAGCAGCAGCAGCAGCAACAACAACAACAACAACAACAACCACCACCUGCGUAUCCGCCGGUCAAUAACGUCGCCGCGGCAUCCGCGAGUAUCGGCGUGCCGACCACCGAACCGCCCAGCUACGCCACGACAAUGCAAGCGUUGGCCGCGCAACGCGGCAUGCAUCAUCCACCACCACCUUACGGCACCCCAACGGAGAACAGCACGGCGAUGUCCACGGUGGAGAGCAGUAGCGCGCCGCGAUCCUCCCCGGUGGCGCAUCACCCGCCGCUCCAGAGGAAGUAUUCGCCGGCCGACAAUUGCGGCCAGCACGCAGUGGAGACUCCGCCGUUGCCGCCGGUCGCCUCGACCUCCGUCUCCACGAGAAGCAACAACCAUUCGUCUUUGCCCGACAGCGGGAACAGUAGUGGCAAGAGCGGCAGCGGCGGCGGCGGCGGCGGUAGCGGCGGCUCGUCACCCUCGUCCUACAAGAUCAAGCAUCAGUCACCGAUACCUGAGCGCAAGCAUAUGAGUAAAGAGAAGGAGGAGGAGCGUAGGGACUGCAAGGUGAGGAAUUACUCGCCGCAAGCGUUCAAGUUCUUCAUGGAGCAGCAUGUGGAGAAUGUGCUCAAGUCGCACAAGCAGCGUCUCUACCGGCGCCUGCAGUUAGAGACGGAGAUGGCGAAGAUUGGCCUGAGCGAGGAGGCGCAGUGUCAGAUGCGGAAGAUGCUGUCGCAGAAGGAGUCCAAUUACAUACGGUUGAAACGGGCGAAGAUGGACAAGUCGAUGUUCACGAAGAUCAAGCCGAUCGGCGUGGGUGCGUUCGGCGAGGUCACGCUCGUCAGGAAGAUCGACACAAAUCAGUUCUACGCGAUGAAGACGUUGCGCAAGGCCGAUGUGCUGAAUCGCAACCAGGUCGCUCAUGUGAAGGCCGAGCGGGAUAUCUUGGCCGAGGCCGACAACGAGUGGGUCGUCAAGCUCUAUUACUCGUUCCAAGACAAGGACAAUCUGUACUUCGUGAUGGAUUAUAUACCCGGCGGCGACCUCAUGUCGCUGCUCAUCAAAUUCGGCAUCUUCAAGGAGCCGUUGGCGAGAUUUUAUAUCGCUGAGCUCACGUGUGCGGUUGAGAGUGUACACAAGAUGGGAUUCAUUCACAGAGACAUUAAACCCGAUAAUAUCCUGAUCGAUCGGGACGGCCAUAUCAAGCUGACCGAUUUCGGCCUCUGCACGGGAUUCCGCUGGACUCACAAUUCGAAAUAUUACCAGCAAAAUGGUCAUGGUAAACAAGAUUCAAUGGACCCAGCUGAUGAUUGGAACAAGGAGUGUCGAUGCACACAGCUGAAGCCGCUAGAACGUAGGCGGCAUAGGGAACACCAGAGGUGUCUGGCACACUCUCUAGUGGGCACGCCGAACUAUAUCGCUCCGGAAGUCUUACAGCGCACGGGAUACACGCAAUUGUGCGACUGGUGGAGUGUGGGAGUGAUCUUGUACGAAAUGUUAGUUGGUUCUCCACCGUUUCUUGCCAAUACGCCCGCUGAAACUCAAUACAAGGUUAUUAAUUGGGAAACAACGCUUCACAUCCCGAAGCAGGCUAAUCUAUCGCCGGAAGGUAUGGAUCUAAUAUUGAAGCUUUGCGUGGGCGCAGAUCGUCGGUUAGGUAAGAACGCGGAUGAGGUCAAGAGUCACCCGUUUUUCGCGAAUAUUGAUUUCGAGAAGGGUCUGCGUCGUCAAGUAGCCCCGCACAUACCCCGAAUACAGUAUCCUACCGACACGAGUAACUUCGACCCCGUGGACCCCGACAAGCUGCGUAACUCCGAGUCGUCCGACUCCAAUAAGUCGGACGAGCUGUUGGAUAACGGCAAGCCGUUUCACGGCUUCUUCGAAUUCACGUUCAGACGCUUCUUUGACGACGGCGGCGGCCCCUCGUAUCCAGGCCGGAUAAGCUUGGACGAUAAUGACAAUCAAGGCCCCGUCUACGUAUGACAUUAGGCGUCACCGCGGUGCCUUGAGCUCGUACGAGAGCCUUGUUCAUAUCAAAAGCAAUCGCGCCUUGACUUUUCCACACUCUGGGAAUCGCGUGUAAAUAUCUAAAAACGAAAGAAAGAAAAAAGAAAAAUAAUCUCUGAGUGUUUGUACUUUGCGUGGCCGUCGCAUCGCCGCGAGUCGCGCCGGUGCGUUUGUCCACGUAUUCUCCGGUGCGCGAAAACUGCGAGAGACACAAGUCCCUAAUUCGUUGUGAAUUAAUUGUAGCGAAUAUAUUUUUCUAUCGGACGACUUUUUACCGUAUAAUGUACUGUACCAUUCGUCGAAUAUUUUUCUUUUCUACGACGAGAUCUGUCUGUCGGGAGGGACGCGAGGAAAAUUACGCACGCGCAUGUAAGAGGCAUAUUUAGGAAGCAGAUGGGCAUUUUCUUUUUACAACGACAUACGCAAUGUGAAAGUAUACAGUGUGAACGAAAAUAAUCUCUGUCACGUCAACUCUUGGACGCACGGCGCAUUUUUUAACGUUUACUUUUUUUUUUUUUUUUUUUUUAUAUAACAUAUAUAGCUCGCGCGUGUAACUUCGUCGUCUUCUAUUCUACUCGGUGCACGAUUAAAGAGUAAACAGCGUCAACUGUAUGAUAUGAGUUUAUUUUUUCUUUCUUUUUUCUUUUCUUUGCCGAUGUUUAAUUAAUUUGUAAUGUAUCGACAUGAACGAAAGAGAGAGAGGGAGAGAGAGAGAGAGAGAGAGAGAGAGAGAGAGAGAGAGAGAGAGCGAGCGAAAGAGAUGGAAGAAAAUGAUUAAUGGCUAGGCAAUAUAUUUUCAAUAGAGCAUGUUUAAUUAAAAGAAAAAAAGAUGAAAAAAAAAGAGAUAUCUUGCUUGGCAUUUUCAUUCGUUUUUAUUGGCUUUCGUAUCGGAAAGUGCACGUUUAGUAUGUUACAGCAAGUACUGUGAUAUUGCAGGUAAUUAGAGUAAUGUGGCUUUUAAAGAUACCAGUUCUAUUUAACAUCGUCUUUUAUAUCAAAUUCUACGAGAAGAAUAUUAUAAAUAAUAAUUAUUAAAAUAUUAAUUUUAUUAAUGUAUAGAAUUUUCGAAUGGAUGUAAUGUGUUCAUUGCGUAUUUUAAUCCAGCUUUUAACCGUCUAAACGUCUCUUUAAUACCUUCUUAAUCCUUAAUUCCUAAGAAGCAUUAUGAAUUUAUUCACGCAUUGUAUACAUUGUUACUCGUGCGCCGUCUUUUAUAUCGCCAGUUUUAUCGUGUAUUUGUCGAUACAUCUUGGAGAAAUUGUCAUUGUCCAACGACCAUGAUCCGAAAAGUGAGAGAAAGCACAGCUUUUUUCGUUGUACAAUACGAAGUUCGUCGAGGCGAAAUCGACGUGACAAAGCGGAGGGAAGUAACGACACUCGUGGACAGUCGUGUAGUUUCGUUGUAACUCGAUAUCGUAGCAAAGUUGCCAUCACUUGUAACUAACGUCCUUACAGUAAAAGCCGUAACAUUAGCGAGGAACUGAUGUAUAUAUAUCGCUGUAUGAACGAGUUUAACCAUUUAUUAUUCGUAUCGUCGAAAGUGAGUUUCGAUCGCGAACACAGUUUGGUGACCGCCUGGUGUCUGUAUUCCAAGUCCCCCGAGAGCUCGAUCUAACGUUUCUUUGUAACGACAGUAACGUGUAACAAUAACAGAGUGCCUUUCUCCGAGUGCGUUGAUUAUGCUGAAACAGCGCAGAGACAGCUAUUUUUUUUUUCUUUUAUUUUUUCCGAAAAUGUCCUCUUGUUUGGCUGCCGUACGAAAUUGUCUUCCAAUUAUCGGUUUUCUAUGUCGAAGUACACGUCGAAGAACUCGACAUGUCUCAGUAGAUUGUCCAGUGCCUUACUAAUUUGUUCUUAACGUAAAGUCGUGCUAAAGUACAAUCGGCAAUAUGCCUACGAAUUACACUAGCGUCUAAUCGAAUAAUCGGUUGCAGAGUACACUAUUUAAUAGUCGUUACAUUAUUUGUUUAUUGAAAGUAGAAAGAGAGGGAGAGAAAGAGAGAGAGAAAGAGAGGGAGGGAGAGCAGUGUGUGUGUGUGUGUGUGUGUGUACUAUUUGAAUUAAUCAUGUAUAUGUACUAUAUAAAAAGUAAAAAGCCUAUAUAUUUAUGUUUAUCGUUAGCUUUAAUGCGUGGUCAACGAAAGAAAUAGAAUCUUUUAACAACUGUACUUUUACGUUAACGCGAAAGAGGACGAGGAGGAAAGGAUGAGUACUCACUAAGUGGCUGUUCUCUUAUACCGCACGCUAUACUUUCGUAUGUACUCCCGUAACACAUAAGUGGUAGCGUCAGUGAUAAUCGGCACCCGUGGCUACAUUAAUCGCGACUAAUUAGACACUUAAUGUUUAACUAAAUAUUUCACGGCGCGACUAGUCUUGCUGCAAAUAAGAAAAAAGAAAAAGGAAUGAAAUGAUAUGUUUACAAAUAGGCGUAUGUGUGUGUGUGUGUGUGUGGGUGUAUGUGUGUGUGUAUGCGUAUGUGUGUGCAUGUGUAUGUAUGUGCGUGUCCAAUUGCAGCAAGCGUGAGAUGAAAAUUACCGUUGUAGUUAUUUAACAUAAUAUUGCGCUGCGCGAAUGGAAAAACGUGGCUAUUUACUUUCUUUAUAUUUGCGAUUAUAUAAAGUACGUUAGAUAUCUGGUAUAUUCUGACUACGAUUUUAUCGAACUAAAAUUGCUAUGAGAUAUGUGAAUCUAAUGUGUGAAGGUAACUGUAAACGUAAGUACUGACAAAAGAUCUAGUAAUCUCUUUGUUUUUAUUGUAAAAAUAAAUAUAGGAGUUUGUAAGAUAUUAGAAGGUAGCCGUAUAUAAAUUUGUUACUGUCUAUGCGAAAUAUUCGAAUAGAUACCUGACCUGUGUGGUAUUAAUAAAUUAUGAACUUUUUAGCACACCCAUCGCGUAAUUUAUUUUAUAUACAUGUGGUUAUAUAUAUAUAUAUAUAUAUAUAUGAAAAUUACAUCGAUAAAGAGAAUACACGAAGAGCAAAUGACGAGAUCGAAGUUGCACGAAUAUUCUACGUAUCGUGCAGAAAUUUAUGUGUAGAGGACGAAUGAAUGUUCAUGCAUCGUAAAAGAUUGUGCCUCGCUAUACACGACUGUUGUACUGUAACACGUAGAUUUUUACAGCAUGAACAGUACCGUUUCACGUGCAUAACUAUAAAUCUUGUAUAAUAUGUAGUAUCGAUAUGAAAAAAAAAGAACGUUACCCUUGGUA